AUGGAAGCAACUUGGUGUAGUCUCGUCACUAAGCUGGAGGAUAUGCUAGAAAUACUCAAGUCAUGCGAACACCCAGGGCAGAUAACACGUUCGCGCCUUGAACACUCUAUCGCGACUAUCAUCGAUACCUCUUUACAGCUUCGAGCUCAGUAUCCAAAGCUUUCACAGCCAAUUGAGCCGCAUGAAUCUACUUCUGCCGCCAGUCCUCAGCUCGACCCUCCAAACGACCGGAGCGUGCAGGACCGACUUCUCACUGCAGCAUCGUCUGGCGAUAGUCAGUUACCAGGGACUCAAAGCAGGAAGCCUACACCGUGCAAACCGGUAGAACGGCAAGUUAUAGCCAGUGCGAAACGCAAGCAAGACAAGGAUUCGGACAUCAGGGUGGCAAAUAGCGUACUGCAUUUGAGUAAACGAGCUUGUAGGAGCGACAAGACAAAGGACCUCGGUGACUCUCAUAUACCAGAGUUGCGCAAACUGCAAGACAAAUACAGCAAAUACGACAAGCUUUGCAGAAUGUCGGUGUUUGAGAAACUCGAUGAUAGCCUCAGCUCAAGGAUGUUAUGCCGGAUAGCGGCCAUGCAGGGUGGACCCGCGAUACGGCAGUUCUGCACUCUGGUACAUCAUUCACGAAGCCGCGAGACAAACACUGGCUUGUUGCAGGUCCAAGGCGAAGGAAUUGAGCGUGCGCUUUGCCUGGCACGAAGCUUGCAAGUCAUCGUCGGAAGAGCGGAUUUCGACAACUAUCUGACGAGGAUAGCGCAGCUGCAAAUGGCCAUGGCCAUUGACGGAACCGACGGAUCCAAGACUGGACGUAUCCGUGCUGCCAAGGAAACGAUAACGGACUCUAUGGACAGGUUGGGUUGGCCGCACGAGGCCCGACCAAAAUUCCACUGGCAUCUAAAGAGAGGGCGCCAAUGGAAUCGGCUAUGCGGCAGCCGUCGUGCAUUGAUCGUAUUCAUUCCAUUUCGCGCUCAGGAGCCAUACAACGUUAACGCCAGCGAUUAUCUAGCCAUGAAGGGCGACGAAUUAGAUCGUUUCCACCAACUGGUAGACACUCCCUUCGAAGCAGCCAUCUGUAGAGCCGCUGAGUGGUUCCAGGACUCGCUGAUAGGGAGCUCGGACGACGUUGAAUUCUGUUGGGAAAAGCAACAUCCCAAUCUCAGGAACGGGAGUGAAUUCAUCCGCGAGACCGAGCUUACGACGUUGCUGCAGCCUUUCCCCUUCAACCAAGAAAACCUUUUCGAUCCAGCCGCAUAUCCAAGUUGGCCAAAGCCACCUAAGUGGCCAAGUCAUGUGCCCUGGCCAUCACAUCCACUUGCCGUCCAAAGCUCAGAACGCCAAUGCCACCUCUGCGAUAAGACCAAGUGCGACUGCGCUUCUCGGAUAGUCGUCAGACACAACUUACGUAUUAAAAGUUACGCGCAGCAAGGCUUAGGCGUGCAGGCCACCGCAUCAUACGAAGGCGAACUAUCCUUCCGGAAAGGGGAUGUGAUAGGACAGCUGAGUGGCAAGCUCGUUCCGCCUGGAACGUACAGCGUCUCCUGGACUCUUGACGUCGCGCGGCCUGAUAUCUCAGGUGAGCCCACUGUGUGCCAGAUCUACGCUGGUGAGUCAUCGAACUGCCUUCGCUUGGUCAAUCAUUCCUGUCGAGCGUCUGCUCGGCUACGAUUAAUGAAAGUAUCUGGGUUUUGGAACUAUGUCAUUGAGGCAAGUCGCGACAUGCGACAUGGAGAGCAAGUCACUGUGAAUUUUGGCAAGAGAUUCUUACGGGAACAGGGCAUUAAAUGUUGCUGUGAAGCAUGUAAUUAG